AUGGCGGCGAUUGUUGAUAGCGUUAGACCGUUGGAAAGAUUUCCCGUGGAAACGGAUUUAAGCGAAAAAUUUCUUAUGAAAAAUGAAAACGGUUCGAAAGAAACACCGGAAAAUCGUGCUGAAAAAAUUCAAGAAUUGUUGAGGAUACUCGAGGGUAAGUUUUCCAACAAACAAAUCAAAUUUUUUUCUUCAUCUACAAACGCGCACGUACCAACUUACACCCACACACACGCACCCAACCACCCAUACCAACAAACACAAACGCUCGACAAUUUUUUUUUAUUUUUUCACCCAGUUAAAAAUUGA